AUAUCAAGUAGAAGCUCGGAAGAGAGAGAUCUUCGACAAAGGUUAACCAUGCGCCUGUUGAUCGUAGUAGCCGUAGGUCUGUUGGCCGUAAUAGGUCAAACAACAUCAGCAGAUGACGGUCAUGUCACUUUGUUCCUGUCUCAAAAUAUCAGUACAGCAGAGGGGGACGUGUUUGCUGUCAACAUGGAAACGGAUAAAACCGAAGGGAAGGACAUUGUGCACUCAACUAUGAAUGGGAAUGGUUCCCAGACGGUGGUUACAGACCAUGCACUGAAUAUGCGAGUUGUGAUACCAGACUCAGAAUCCGAGGAUUGUCACUUUUUGGAACUUGACGAAGAAGAAAAGACAGAACCGUCACUUGAAGAGGACACAGAAGGCGUAGCCAAGACGAUGGAAUCUGCUGUGACGGAAAAUGUCAACGCCACUGAGGAGAAGACUUGUUUGUAUGAUGAGGAUGAACCCGUCAUGUCAGAGGAGUUAAAGACUACCAUUACAGCCUUGUGUGGGCCUCGAAAGAUUCGUCACCUGACCCGGAAGGGCGAGUGUCAGGAUAUACCACAGGACGGGAGUCAACAAGAUGACGACGAUAACGACUCGGAGGUGAAUUCUGAAUCAGGACUUCUCGUCCGCCGUAAAAGGUUUUGGGGAAGGUGUCCCUACAGAUGCAAAUGGUUCUGUCGUAGGGUGACCAUAUGCUGCUACAGGCGAUCGUGCCGCUACUUCUUUUGUACGUGGAGGAGAUACUGUUACCGUACCACACACUACUACCUAAAAUGUGGGAGAUUUUGCUAAUUCGAAGACCAGACCAGGACAAAUUUAAUAACCAAUUAGACAUGAUCAUCAUAAUUUGCAAUUAUCGCACACGUUAUUUACACGUAGCUAUUAUGACAUUGAAUUGUGGACAUCACAAUUUUGGGGCCAGCAUCGAAGUACGGAUAAUUAUUAACUGCGCUUGGCAUUUACACAUGUUGAUCUAAUUUAGGAAAUUUGAAAAUAAUUUUCGUUUUGACUGUAGAGAGAAAAAAAUAUUGUCCUGCUUAAAAAGUAUUCCCAUAUAUUCGUAGCUAAAUUAAGACGACUAUAAAACUCUCGUUAGAUUUGUUUAAUUCAUUUAAUUCUUUGCUUCGAUGAUUGCUUUUUUAACAUUCCUGUACUGAACUAUUAUGCUUUUCGUCUCUUGUUGAGUUAACAAAGUUUUUACUCUUUCUCCUACCAUUCAUUGGAUUGUCUCCCUUUUUAUCAGUUUAAGAUUUAUCUGUUAAGUCCUAGGGUAUGCUUUCUAUCCCAACCUCUAUGGUAUGACGGAUAGCAUGUGGAAAGAAAUGACACAUUGACGUCACGCAAACAAUAAAAUAUGAUGUCACAGUCACCUUUCGACCGGCGCAAAUUAGCAUGUAAAACUGUCUCAAAUGCUGAAAACAACCUUUUCACAGAAUAUUCAAAAGCUCUUAAAACUUCGCCAUCAGUUAUUUUUAGAUUUAUUUUUAUAAUUAACUGUAAUUAAGCUUACUUAUGUGUCCUUUGCUUAUUUUUUCUCUUCACAUUUUUAUAAUAUAUAUUACAUAUGCGAAAUUCAUUGAAUGCGGUUGUGACAAAUUAACUCAAUAAAUAAAAGAAAUUAA